UUCAUUUCGAGUUUUCAUAGUACUAUGGCAUCAACAAAAUUAAUAAUUGCAUUUCGCAAGGAGUUUGAUUAUUUACGAAAUAACAAUAGACCAGACAAUCUGUCAAUGGUAUUGUUAAAAUAAUGUGUUAUGAAACGAAAUAAAUAAUAAUAUCGUGAUGGUGAAAGUCACAAAAAUGGAUUUAAUCAUCUAAAACAUCAAAAUAAACACGACAGAAAAGAAGAAUCUCAAAAAUGUAUCCCAACACUUUAGACUUCGUAUGCGACUACUGUUCGCGGACUUUUACGAGAAAAUAUAAUCUCCAGACUCACAUAGAAAACUGUCAUAUCAACUCGUCAUGUCGAUGUGAUAUUUGCGGCCAAAAUUUUGGCAGUUUAGCCGGCGUACAACAACAUAUGUCGAGAGGACAUAAUAACUACAACCAACCCUUCCCUGAAUGCGAAUUAUGCGGUCGAAUCUUCACCAGAAAACAGAAUAUAGUAUCCCAUAUGAUCACCGUGCAUUUACAGGGCUUAGGCUUUGAAAUUCGAUGCCGAUUGUGCGAAAAAACGUUCACAACUGAACGCAAUUUAAAACGGCAUAUGAAUCAGCUUCAUAACCCAGACGUUGAGUACCCUACAUGCAAUGAUUGCAAUAAAAUCUUUAAAGGAAAACAGUCUUUAAUAGCUCACAUACAAUCCGUGCACAAUUCUGUUGAACGAGACCUUGUCAAGUGCCAUUUGUGCGAAAAAGUGUACACAAAUAAUAGAAAUUUGAAGAGACAUAUAGAAAUGUUUCAUGGGGAAAAAGGGGAGUUUAAAUGCGAUAUAUGCCCGAAAGUUUACACGUCCAAUCAGAGUUUGCGUCGGCAUGCAAGAACGAGACAUAGUUCGGAUAAUCAGGAGCAUUUAACGUGCAAUUUUUGUUGCAAAGUUAUUGUAGGAAGAGAUAAUUAUGACUCCCAUGUACAAUAUCACCAUCAGACUUCUGAAAUUGAGUCUCGGAAUGCGGAGUAUCAAUGUGAGUCGUGCGAUAAGUCAUUUGAUGAUGAGCCCUCGUUGCGACGGCACGUAAAAAUAGAACAUUCUUUUAAAUCCUUUUACAAAUACUGCAAAAAAUCUUUACUAAAACAAUACGGAAUGGAUUCGAAUAACAUAUAUGCUUGUGAGUUCUGCGAGAAUUCGUUUUUGACUGUAUACGAGCUGAAAAACCAUAUGCGAGUCAACCACGACACUGAAUACUCUCUAUCAACUUGUAACGUGUGUUUUAACAAGUUUUUCAGUAAAGAGACAAUGACUGCUCAUAAGACUGUCUGUCUGCCGCCUCCGAACGUAAACUCCUGCGCACAUUGCGAUAAAUUAUUCACAGAUAUAUCAAGUUUAGAGUUUCAUACGAGAAUUUUCCAUCCGCAAGCCCAAAUCGCAGACUCUAACAUAUCUUCGACAAAUAUCGACGAAGAUUCGGUAUCUUUUAAGUGUAAGCACUGUGAUAGGAUCUACUACAGUGAUCGGUCAUUGAAACAUCAUAUAAAGUUGAAACACACAACAGAUGAAGAGGUAGAAUGCGAGCUUUGCGGCAAAAUCUGCAGCAACAAAUACUAUUUGGCAUCUCACAUCAAAAUUGUUCACAAUAAUGACUCGUGGUCCCGUUGCGAAUACUGUGAUAAGCAAUUCAAAUCUAAAAGAAAUAUUCGAAGGCAUGUAGAGUAUACGCAUUUGGGAAUGCAAAGGCAUAAGUGUAUUGAAUGUGAAACGCUUUUUAAAGAGAAAAGGAGUUUAAGAAAACAUGUUAGGACUAAGCAUCCGAAUUCCACAGCGUUCCCACAGUGUCAUAUAUGCCAGAAACGCUUCGAAUCAGCCAAAUCUUGCAAGAUACAUCUAAAACUGUUACACUCUUUCAAUAUGAAUACGUUUCCAUGUCAUCUAUGCUCAGUUUCGUUUAGCAGUAACGAGGCUUUGACUAUACAUUUGCAAACGAAACAUUUGGCUGAAGAUCAGAUAUAUAAGUGUGAAGAGUGUAAUCUAGUGUUUAAAGGGCAAGAGAAAUUUGAUGCCCAUAAUGAUGAAUGUCAUGUAAAUUUGGUGCCAAAUAUAAAACAGAAAGUUUUACCGAGAUGCAUUUUAUGUAUGAAAGACUUUAGUACGAGAAAAACUCUGAAACGACAUAUAAAAAAGUUUCACACAGAUUUUGAUGUCGAUGAACUCGCGACGUUCGGAUCGCGUAGGAGAAGUUUUGCUGUAGACUGCGAAAAUUGCAUAAAACAUUUCAACGACGAGUUUUACAUUGAUAUUCAUAAUAAACUAAAGCAUUUACGAGAUUCGGUUAUUUUCAAAUGCGAAUACUGUUUGCAAUCGUACAAUUCACUAGAAUUUGCUAUACAGAGGUAUAAAGUGAUAAAUUCUGAUCUGUCGAAGAGUAAAAUGAUUUUGAGUGAGUUAUGUACGGCAGAAAUGAGCGAGGAAGAGAAUGAUGUGUCUAAUUUUGGUGCGUUUCAUGAUAUGUUACCGGAGAGUACGACUUUGGAUGUGAAAAUGGAGUUGCAUGAUCUUAUUGAAACUCAGGUUAAAGUGGAACCUCCUUCUCCUUAGAUUACGCAUUUUUUUUAAUAAGACAAGUUCGCCACAACCUCCCGCUGCCACUCCUGUGCACCAGGAUCUACAGUAGAUACAACCAUGCAAACACCGGAACACUGAAGUCCAACGUCCCAGGGACAUGAAUGACUGUCUUGGAUCCCGCAACGAAAUAAAUCAGAAGAUUCAAUGUACAGAAACGAGCCGUCGUAUCACCUGACGGCAAGCAAUCACCGCCGCCCAUGGACACCCGACACACCAAAGGCGUUACAAGUGCGUUGCCUUUUAGGGUUAGGAUUUUAAGGGUUCUUGGGGAAUUGUGGAUUGGGAAAGGGGGUUAUCGGGCCUUCGGUAACCACACUCACACAACGCAAGCGUUAUUUCACGUCGGUUUCCCGUGAGGCCAUGGUAUCACUCCGGUCGAGCCGGCACUGCAGUGCCGAAGCAUGGUGAACCCACACUAAAAAGGUUCACGUUUAUCAGAGAGCACAAAUGGUUCAAUUGAUGAAAUUGCAUGACAGAUACUAUGCUAAGUUAUUUUACUGGAUUCUGAUAUCCUAAGAACUAUUAGGUAUUUAAAGUUAUAUUAUUUUGUACUAUCUAUAAAAUCGCAGGUUCGAUUUCUAUGUUGUAAAUUAAAUUUUAUGAUGUUCAUAAUGCAAGUACCUAUUGGGAUUGAUCCGUUUAUGUCAUAGUGUUAUAAGUUCGUAUACUAUUUUAUAAAACUUGAAAAUGUGUUACAUAUUAGUAAUUACAAACGGUUAAAUUAUUUAGUAUAGGUACAGGUAAGAAAAUAAAGAUAGAUUCAGUACAGGGACAGUAGCUAUUGUUAUACUAAAUUGUACGCUUUGUAAGGAACAAUGGCGUAGCGUGAUUUGGCGGUGUUGCGUAUAAAAAAUUGUUUGGGGGCCAAUUAGUUAUACCUUUUUUUUGAGGGGGGAAAUUAUCCAAUGACUUUUCCCGGACUGCAAGCCCGUGUUUGGGGGCCGUUAUUUUUCCUAAGUAGUUUCUUCCAACUUUUGAACUUUAUAGCAUGCUUUACGCGAAAAAAAAGGAAUUGAUUAUUCGGACUUUUCUAAUUUCUCAAAGAAUAAAUAUUGAGAAGAUUUUAAUUUUUGCUUAUGCACGCUCGGGGGCCCCGUAUAAUUAACAUGGCAGAUCUAUACAGCGCUUGCUACGCCUCUGGUAACGAAGCCAAUAUCUUUUGUAAUUCAAUCGGCUCUAGACAACCAAUGCUUACUGUCUCUGUACUGAAUCUAUCUUUAUUUCCUUAAAUACUAAAUAACUUAGCUGACUAUAUUCUGCUUUUCCCUUCUAGGGAUUAAAUGUAUAUUAUGUUGUUUUAAGUUUUGACUGAAAUAUCAUAAAUAAGAUACUCAAUGUUAAGAUUAACUUUAUUUUAAUAUAUUAUAUGUAUUACUAGGUUCUACCAGUGGCACAUCCUAUCAAUCACCCAGGUCGUACCCUGUCUGUAUAUCAAAUUUUAUCAAAAUCUGUUCAGUAGUUUCAGCGUGAUUGAUAGACAAAGAAAUUUUUUUGUACACUCGUUUUAUUUUUAUCACAAUAACAAAACAAGGAAAUUUCGCCCACGUUAUCGGAAGACUAGUACCUAGGUAGCUAUUUUGGAACUUUACGCGCGCGUGCUAAUAAAAUUUUGUUGUUUUGUUAUUAUGAUAAAACUAAAACUAAUGAGUUUACAAAAAAAGUUUCUUCAGGAAAGUUGUUUGUAAUCAUGAGUACUAUCACGUGUUUAAAUAUCGUUCACUAAUUAUUACCAGUAAAGGUUUGUUGCUACCGAUAGCAGUAUGUAAAAAAAAUAACAUUUUAACAGUAUUAUAGUUAUUCUAAAAUCGAUCUUAUUGGUUUGUAAAUAGAGUCCAAAUUUAUGUGUAUAUGGGAACAUAGAAGAAUUAUGGAAUAUAUUUUGUAUACAGAUCUAUUUUUAAGUUAAAAUGUGUGAUGUUUAUGUUAAAAUUUUUAAUAUUGACUGAACCUAGAGUUAUUGAUAAUUAAUUUUGAACUUUAGUUCUAUAGGCGUAAAGUUAUUUUUCCUUUGACAUAAAAUAUAAUGAAAUUUUGUCAUUGAAAAAUGUAUGUUAAGUUAAAUGAAAUAAAGACGUUUUUUAUUUAAUUUCUUUGACAUGUAUAAAGAGUGAAGAGAUGAUCU